CUACUCAUUUUUUAGUAGUAUUUCUUAUUAUGAAAUAAAAUAAUCCACAGUAUAAAUUGAAAAUAGAAAAAGGGGUUUAAAAUCCGAAGAAUUUGUUGUUACUGUUUAGUUUCUCUCCUCUCUCCGCAGUACGCACUACUUGGUUUGACCCACUUUCACUUUAGAGUUUAGAGAGAGAGUCAUUCAUUUUCAUUUCCUUUCAACUUCCACACCCUUUCUCUCUCUUCUCUCUUCCCUCGCACUUAGCUUCCUUCAUUUCAAUUCCCAAUUCCUCUCUUCUUCUGCGCCAAAGGCAGCAGCACAAGGAGAUCAUUCAUUCCCUGUGUCUGCGAUGGAGUUCGUGGGAAAAACCGUUAGGAAAGAGGUGAAGGGGGUUGGGUUUAUCACUGGAACAGUGAAAUCCUACGACCCUUCCUCUGGUUUUUUCGAGAUCGUUUACGAUGAUGGUGAUUCUGAGGAAUUGGAGUCUUCCCAGGUGGCUUCUCUACUUCAAUUUCAACCGGGGAGUGUCAAGGCCAAGCCCCGGGUUGGUCGGAAACCUAAGAAGCGGCGCCGCCGCGUUGAGCAGAAGCCGGAUGCUGAAGCCAGUUCAGGUAAUGUUGGCGAUAAUUUGGUGGAGGAGGGUAGUGCUUUUAGGGGGGAUUUGGAUGGAAAUGUUUCUUCUGCUAGUGGUGGGGAUUUGGAUUUAGGGUGUGAGGGGAUUGAUAGAACCAUUGAUGUUGAUGUUGGGAAUGGAGGGAAUUCUAUUGGCAAUGUUAAUGGGAGUGUGAAGGAAAACGGGGGUGGAGAGGAAAUUGGUUUUGAGUAUGGUUUGAACAAGAGUGUCUCUGCUAAUGGUAGUUGUGUCAAGGAUGGGCUUGAUUUGAAUGCUAGGCUUAAUCUCAAUGAGGAUUUUAAUCUGAAUGAUGCUUGUAGUUUACCUCUUGACACCGAGGAUGGUUUGAAUAGAAGAGAUUGUAUUGAUUUGAAUUUGGAUGUGAGUAAUGAAGAUGAUGUUGGCGUGAAUUCGGGUUACCUGGGUCGUUUGGGUGGGGAGGCAUUGCAGCGGGAAUGUAAUUUUGAUUUGAAUGUCGAGGUGUGUGAGGAAGGUAGGGAAACUCGGUGUGAUGAUGACGGAAAUGGACAUUCUGAGGUAGGUGAUGCUUUGUUUAGUAGGAUGGGGCAGCUCCAAAAUGAAGAAGAGGUAAAUGUUAAUAAUAGUUCUGUAGAAGAUGACGGAGUUAAUGGUAAUUUGAAUCAUGUGUCUGAUGCUGUCAAAUUGGAGGGAGUUCACGUUUCUGCUGCCCAUGCAGCUAAAGAUGGUUCUCUGUGUUUGGUUGAGGAAAAUGGAGCUGAUGAUGGCAAAGAGGAUGAGGCAGCUAUUGAUUCUCAUCAGAUUUCAAUUGCAAUUUCUGUUAGGGAUUCUGAUUCUUUGGAGGCUCAGCGAGUUCAUUGUCCUUCUGAAGGUGGUGUUGCCAUAAUUCAUGAACACCAAGAUGAUCCAAGAAGUCCGUGCAAACAAGGAAAUAGCCGAAGGAAAAGAAGAAAAGUAUCAGAUAAUCCAGAAGUCACGCCAGAGACAGUUUUAAGGAGGAGUUCUCGUCGGGCAUCAGCUAGAAAGCGGGUUUCAAGCACUGUACUAGUGGAGGUGACUGAUGAUCCUUUGUUGUCCUUGGAAACCAGUGCCUUAACAGAAGAAAAGCCUCUAAUCCCUGGUUCUCAGAAAUAUGAGCAAUGCAGUGAUCCUCUUCCAAAGCUGCAAUUGCCCCCGUCUUCUACAAAUUUGAAUUUAGAUGGCGUUCCUGUUCUUGAACUUUUUUCUAUUUAUGCUUGUUUAAGAUCAUUCAGUACUUUAUUAUUUUUGAGUCCAUUUGAGUUGGAGGAUCUUGUAGCUGCCCUGAAGUCUGAAAUCCCAAGUAUAUUAUUUGACAGCAUUCAUGUUUCUAUUUUGCAAACUCUGAGAAAGAAUUUGGAAUACCUUUCCAAUGAGGGUUGCCAAUCUGCAUCCAAUUGCCUUAGGAAUCUUAACUGGGAUUUUUUGGACCUGGUUACAUGGCCUAUUUUCAUGGCUGAGUACUUUCUGAUUCAUGGCUCAGGAUUUAAAACUGAUUUUGAUCUUAAACAUCUAAUGUUCAGAACUGAUUACUACAAACAACCUGUAAUUGUGAAAGUCGAGAUUCUUCAGCAUCUAUGUAAUGAUAUGAUUGAAUCAGAAGCCAUAAGGUCAGAGCUUAACAGAAGAUCUUUGGUAACUGAGUCUGAUGUGGGUUUUGAUCAGAAUAUGUAUUUUGACACUGGCAAGAAAAGAAGAGCUGUAAUGGAUGUGUCUGGUGGCUCUUGCUUGACUGAGGAGAAUGUGGAUGACACAACUGACUGGAACAGUGAUGAAUGUUGCCUGUGCAAGAUGGAUGGUUGUUUAAUAUGCUGUGACGGUUGCCCUGCAGCAUUCCACUCAAGAUGUGUGGGAAUUGCCAGUGGCCAUCUCCCUGAAGGUGACUGGUAUUGCCCCGAGUGUGGAAUUGGCAAACACAUAGCUUGGAUGAAAUCACGAAGGUCACUUCGAGGAGCAGACUUAUUAGGGAUGGAUCUGGAUGGCCGUCUCUAUUUUAACAGCUGUGGUUACCUGUUAGUGUCAAACUCAUCUGAAGCAGGGUCAUUGUUCAAUUACUACCACAGAAAUGAUCUACAUGUAGUAAUUGAAGCUCUAAAAUCUAUGGAUCCUUUAUAUGAAGGCAUACUAAUGGCUAUCUAUAAGCAUUGGGAUAUCAGUGCUAACUUGAGUGUGGGGGAUAGUGUCUUUAGUCAAAGUUCCUGCAAGAACAUGCAGAUGAAGGGAGAAUAUUCUACUAUGCAUACAUUUUUAGCACCUUUUACUUCAGAGACAUGUUUGGACAAGAAUCGGGCUAAUGAUCAAAGUAAGUUGGACGAAAAUUCAACUAUUGUUGGUUGUAUGCAUCUUGGCCAAGAGUAUCCAAAAGCUGGGAACCGCCUAGACUCAACGACCACCAUAGAAAGUCCUUGUGUUGCUUCUGAUGGAUCAGCUGAUACCACACAGAUUAGAACAGGUGUCGACAAUGUUCAGAUAAAUGGGCUCAGUGAUUCCCAUAGAUGUGAUGAAUCCUUGAAUCAGCCAGGAAUACCAGAAAGACACCAUCCUGUUGGUGACUGUUCUAGGUUAGAUGUGGGACGUAAAAUAAACUUAAGAUCUGUAGGUGCUAGUAUUACCCCCUCCACGGACAAUAAGGAUACUUCAGAAGUACCUUCUGGAAUUGACUACAUAAACUAUUACAGCUUUGCCCGAACAGCUUCAUUUGUAGCACAGGAGUUGAUGUGUAAAUCACCUGAAAAGAUGAAUAAGAUUUUUGCAAUGUCUGAAGAAGAAAUUAUGUCAGACCAAGCAAAGGUCAUUAUGAAGAAAUCUACUAACUUUUGUUGGCCAAGUAUUCAGGACCUGAAUGCAGCUGCCCACAAAGAAAAAUGUGGGUGGUGCUUUACUUGCAAAGGUGAAAAUGAAGACAGGGAUUGCUUGUUUAAUUCUGUGGUGAAGCCUAUUUGGGAAGUGCCUAAUAAUACUUUAGUUGGGCUUCAACCCAGGAAGAUCCAGAAUGGACGUCUUAGAGAUAUCAUAUGUCUUAUCUUCUCUCUUGAGGUUCGAUUACGUGGGCUUUUGUUGGGUCCAUGGUUGAAUCUGCAUCAAACUGAUCUUUGGCAUAAGGAUCUUUUGAAGGCAUCUGAUUUUCUUCCUGUUAAACGAUUAUUGCUUCUUUUAGAAUCCAAUUUGCGGCUUCUUGCACUUUCAGCAGAUUGGUUAAAGCAUGUGGAUUCUGUUGCUACAAUGGGAUCUGCUACUCAUAUUGUGGUCAGUUCAUCACGCACAUCUUCAAGGCAUGGUAUUGGAAGGAAAAGGGCCAGGAAUACAGAUAUUGAAACAAGUUCAUCUUCAAACACUGCUAGUGGUUUGGGGAUGUACUGGUGGAGAGGUGGCAGACUCUCCCGAAAGUUGUUUAAUUGUAAGGCUUUGCCUCACUCCCUGGUUACCAAGGCUGCUAGACAAGGUGGGUGUAGAAAGAUACCAGGCAUUUUAUAUCCUGAGAAUUCAGAUUUUGCACGUAGAAGCAGAUUUGUUGCCUGGCGAGCUGCUGUUGAGAUGUCAACAAGUGCCGAGCAGCUUGCUUUACAGGUUAGAGAGCUUUAUUCAAACAUAAGGUGGCAUGAUAUUGAGAACAACCAUUCCCUAUAUGUGUUGGACAAGGAAUCUAGAAAAUCAGUGAGGCUGUUCAAAAAAUCAAUCAUACGCAGGAAGUGCACUGAAGGGCAAUCUGUGAAAUACCUUAUUGAUUUUGGGAAGAGAAGGGCUAUUCCAGAUGUUGUUAUUAAACAGGGUUCUUUGUUGGAACAAUCCUCUAGUGAGAGAAAAAAAUAUUGGCUGGAGGAGACUUAUGUUCCAUUGCAUCUUCUAAAGAAUUUUGAGGAAAAAAGAAUUGUCCGCAAGUCCACGGAUAAGAAACUUGGAAAAAUUCUUGAGAUUGGUAGAGUAAACAAGAAAAUUCCUCAACAAAAGGGAUUUUCAUAUUUGUUUACCAGAUUGGAAAGAUCUGAUUGCCAUCAAUGUGGGCACUGCAACAAAGAUGUUGCAAUGAGGGAUGCUGUGAGGUGCCUUCAUUGCAAAGGAUAUUUCCACAAGAGGCAUGUCAGGAAAUCAAGUGGCACAAGAACCACUGGAAGCUCUUAUUCAUGUCACAGAUGUCAAGAUGGGUUGCAAGCAAAGACUAAUACUAAUAAAAGGAAAGUUGACUCAAAACUGCAGAAGAUUCAAGCAAAGAAACGUAAAAUUGUGCCUUCAGUUUGUAAAUCAUUGAACCUCAAGGGCAAUAAAAAGGCAUCGAGUAAGAAUAAGAUUCGACAGGUGAGAUCUCGAAACAGUAAGAAUAUCCCAUCAAGUAUACCUCUUCGCCGUUCUACUAGGAAGGCCAAAUCGUUGUAUAUGCAUAGUCAAUUGAAUGGGGGACAUAAAAAAGGAAAGUCAACUAAAAAGAAUGUGGGGCGGAAAAAGGGAAAGCAAAGUCAAACCAAGAAGGUGACCCCUCAAAAGUCCAAGGAAACUACUGAUCAAUAUAAGAAGUUGCCAGUUACUACUGCACAUAAGAAGAGAACAAGAACCUGCAACAGUUAUUGGCUUAAUGGUCUUCAGUUGUCUAGAAAGUCAAAUGAUGAACGAGUAAUGCUGUUUAAAGAGAAAAAGUGUGUUGUCUCAUCUGAAGAUUUCUCUGGCUCUGUUGAUUAUCCUAAAUGCUGCCUUUGUUGUGGAAAUGAAUGCACCUUGAAUUAUAUUGCGUGUGAAAUCUGUGGAGAUUGGUUUCAUGGCGAUGCUUUUGGGCUCAAUGUGGAGAACACCAGACAACUUAUUGGAUUUAAGUGCCAUGUUUGUCUUGAUAGAACUGCUCCAAUCUGUCCCCAUUUGAAGAUUAAUGCAUUGUCUCGCACUGAAAGCAAUGCUGCAAUUGAGUGUGCGGAGGAGUUAUCUAAUCCUGUUUCUCUACAACCUUUAAGUGAGAUCCCUUGCAAUUAAAUACUGUUGGCAGUCAUGGAUGAAAUCUUCACUGUGCUGGUUUGAUGAUUUGCAUUGAAAAAGGACAUGGCGGGACAUCGGAUGCCAGCUUCUUGUAGGGUUGUUUUUCUUCAUGCUGGAUUUGGUGGCAAAUGAUUUUUUGUUUAUAUAAAAAAAAUUGUCGUUAGACAGGUUCACUGUAGGAGGAAUGAUUGGUUGAUCCGGCUUUUGCUCUGUUGCCUUCUAUUUCAACUGCCGUCGAAAGGGAAAGAAGAAUAAUGAAACAGGCAUAUGCUUCGCUCAAGAGGCUGAAGAUAAUUGUAAUCAGGACAUAGUAGAGUAUAUACAUCAAUUGCAUUCAUGAUUGUUAUUCUAACCCAUCAGCAUUCAUUGUAGCAUUCUUUAAUGUAGGGCCUUUUCUUCACUAGAACUGAUUUCACUGAUGUCUUAUCAAACUCUUUUGAAAGACUGGAGUAUAGCAGAUCUCAGUAAAGAGAAUAUUGUUCAUUGCAGAUAGUAAAUAGAAUCUUCCUCUGUAAGAGAUGUUUCUGCUCGUUUUGUCGUUGUCUUGGUGAAAACUGAAGCAUGGGGGAAAGGGGAAUUUCCUGGGGUGUCAUUGACCAGUUGAAAGUUAUUUUCGCUUUCGUGUCCACCCGAGUUCCAAAGUGUAUAUGCAUCAAUUUAAUAUGCUGAUUCCAAGUGCAACAAAUAUGAAUUGGAAUUGUAGUUUAUUUUAUUAUUAUUUAAAUCUGGUGUCUAUGUA